ACCAUCCUUGCCACUGAGCAUCAAACAGCCUUUUACCUGGUGCUGUUGCCAAGGGAGACAGAUCAACAAAAAGACCAUCUAGCCUUCUAAACCAACCAGAGGACUGUCUGUCAACAGUUGGUUAGUUUCUAUCUACCUGCCUGAGUGUGAACAUCAAACCACAGAUUUUGACCAAAAUGAAGAGAAUGAGUGAGAAACAUAAAAAACAAAAUAACAACAACAGCUACCUUGAUCGCAUGCCUCCAGAAAUUCUUUGUCAUCUAUUAAGCUAUCUUGAAUUGGAAGAUCUAGUUGCUAUUGGCAAAACGUGUAAAUUCUUCAAUCAAACAGUCCAAAACACAAACACUCUAUGGAAAAAACACUGUCUGGCUAUUGCUCAUGUUUGCCAGAUGGAUAUCAAGAAUGAUCGAAAAGAUGGAUAUACGUGGAAGGUAACGUUGCAGAGAAAUUACCUGAAAAGUAAAGUGAAAAAAGAUUGGCUGAAUGGGGAAUACAGCAACAUACGCUCAUCUGCAAACCUUCCGAAGAGAAGCAUGCACCCGAUGCAUGCAGAGGAUUGGGGAGAAAUUCUCAAGGUUGAACUGGAGAGAUAAAGAACAAUUGAAAAGAAUUUGUCAUUUUUAUUGCACUUGUAUUUAUUUAUUUAAUUUAAGUGAA